AUAAACUAGACCAGACUUCUUGACUGAAAUAAACAAGACUAGAUCACACGGACAAAAUGAACCUGCCCAGAACUAUGGAAACAAUGACAUUUAAAUGAGCCUCCACAGAAAACAUGGGACUGCCAGAACUCUGCCAUCAUGACUAGACAUAAAUAUUAAUCAAGACUAUUUGGCAGGAUCUUGACAUAUCUUGCCUAUAGGGCCCCAAAACUGCCGGCAGCUCAGGCUGUGGCCGGAAGUGCCACCACUAUAGCAGCCACUGCCGAAAAUAGUGCUUGGCCCUACUGCGAAAUACUUUAAAAAACUAACUAAUCUGCAUUUUAACAUGAGGAGACAUUUCCAUAUAUAAACAACAUCACUUAUUGAGCAACUUUUGCUGUGAACAGAGGCACAAGUUUGUUUCAGUUUGUUUCAACAUGUACAUGAACACGGAGAGAAUGCUUGAUAAUCUUACUGAUAAACCUGAUCCGGAUUUAUCUGAUUACUGCAAUAUGGCAGAGGUGCGAUUUUCAGUUUUGAAUAACCCACGAAAUAAUCAAAAGCGACCGUUUUGUCAAGAGCCCUUCAAGGUCGCAACCGCAUGCCUGACUGCCUUAUGUGUCCUCUUACUCGUGGUUCUGGUGGCCACAAAUGUUCACAACAGUUCUUCUGUUCAGGAUCUCCCCUCCAGUUCUGCUGAAGCUCAUAUACCUAAAACCUGCACCAAUGUGACCAAUUUGACAGCAGAACUUCAGACUUUGAGAAAAGUGAAGAGUGACCUUGAAGAAGAGAGGUCACAGCUGAAGGUCAAAGUCACUGAGCUAGAAGCAUCGGCUGUCACACAAUUCACUCCAGUGACAGCGACAGGUUCCUGCACAGUGGACUGGCAUUAUUUCAAAGGCAGCUGUUACUUCAUCUCUGACGACAGCAGAAGCUGGCCAAGUAGUCAGGCUUACUGCAAAUUGAAAGGAGGACACCUGGCUAUCGUCCUUACAGCUGAUGAACAGACUUUCAUAUGGGACCUGCUGCCACGUGGUCCCUGGCACGCAUUUUGGUUUGGCCUAAGUGAUGAAAAUAUAGAGGAGGACUGGCGCUGGGUGGAUGGAACCAAACUGGUCGGAGGUUUCUGGGAAGACGGCGAGCCUAACAAUCACAAUGAUGAGGACUGUGGCUACAUGAUAAAAACUUUGGUUUUAAGUCGCGUAGCUACAAAGAGCUGGUACGACGCCCCAUGUGAGAUGUACAGACCCUUUAUCUGUGAAAAGAAGGCAGAUGUGUCCUCUUAAUCAUCAUCAUCCAUCUCAUAUCAUCAUCUUCAUCUCCAACAGAACUUGGAGAUGUUUAGUUUCAGGGUGUUUUCAAUAAUAAAUGUUGAAGGAUUACUGAUAUGAGUUAUGAUUGUACUUUGUAUGCUUGAUCUCAGGAUAUAAAUUUUUUUAAUAAAUUAUAAUUUACUGUUUAAAAUGUAGGGCCAUUUAAUUUAAUCAACUUACUGUUGUCCACAUUUUAACAUAAUAGUAAACAAAUGUAACUUGGGGAAUUAUGUGGCAACAAAACAAUUAAAAUACAUUCUGUUCCCCAGAAUUUGCUGUUUUUUUGCUUCUCGAGGUCUCAUCCUGAAAUGCUUUUUAACAGUAUUAAAGGAGGUUGCAUUUAUUUUGCGCUCUUAUUGGCUGCUUUUCUUUAUGAAUCAGUCCAAGUCAUCCAUUUUAUUAACAUUUUUUGUUUUGUAAUAAAAUAUAUGUUGGCACUAUCACAUUUUUCUCCACAUAACAUUUCAUUCAAGCGAUCGUAAACUUUUGAUGGUAGCGUAGUUUAAAACGGGUUUUCAAACGGGGGUCCGGGGAUCCCAAGGGGGCCAAUCUAAUUUCUUGCUGCACUCCACAAUGUAAAAAAUGCGUUUUUGUCAAAUCAACAAUUUUUUGUUACUUUAACAAUUUAAGUUAAACAAUUUCAGCUUGUUGUUUUUAUAAGUUAUGUCAAAUUUUCACAAGUAAAGACUUAAAAUAGUAGCUUGAAUUUACUUGCAAAACAUUGUUUAAACUUCAUGAUGCAUUUUUUUUCUACAAUGCAGAUUUGUUUAUAUCUGCUUUGUAUUUUUCUAGUGUGUUUUCUUUAUUACAGUUACCUUUAUCUCAGGUUUGUAGGUUUGUAAGGCAGGUUUGUAUUCUAUGUAAAGCUGCAAACAAAAUGAAUUGUCAAAGUUAUUGCAGAACAAAUACAUUUGUAUUAAAAAUGUUUAUUUUAUACAUCAGUAUUAUUCUAAUUAAUUAUAUAUAAUUCAUUAUUCUCAGUUCUAUAUUAUAAGUAGAGUUUUUCUCACAAAAAGGUUCAUCAUAUUUGGGGGAACUUGACAUCAUAGUAACAAAAAAUGGUGGAAAACAUCAAUGACAUAACUGCAAUUAUGAAUCAAAAUGUAGUAAAAUGAUAUUUUGUCCGAACAUAACUUUUUACAUUU